AUGUUUGUCAUGGUGGAGACAUUGCAUCUUAAACGCCUUGAAGAUACACAGAGCCCGUUUAAGGAUCUAGCGAUUACCCCAGGCCAUAAGAAGGUUAUCUGGUCUCUUGUCCACUUCCACUUUGAGAAGCGGAAAAUGGAACAGGCAUACUUUUUUCAUGACAUCAGCCAGGAUAUAAUUCACAAUAAAGGCAAGGGACUCGUGCUUCUGCUGGACGAAGCAGACGUUUUCAGAUCACAACGACAAGCCUCGGGUUUGCAAAGGAAUUCUCUAGUCUCGGUCUUCCUCCGGGUCUUAGAGUACUAUUCUGGAAUCCUGUUCCUCACGACAAACAGGGUUGGCAACAUGGGCGAGGCCUUCGAAUCCCGCAUCCAUAUCAACCUGUACUAUCCUCCCUGA